AUGGCGUACUAUCUUAGCGACGGAAUUUAUCCGAAAUGGUCAAUAUUUAUCCAAUCAAUCUCACUUCCUCAAACUCCAAAAGCACAGCUAUUUGCUCAACAUCAAGAAGCCGUAAGAAAAGAUGUCGAACGUGCUUUCGGAGUAUUGCAAGCGAGGUUUGCAAUAGUUAAAAACCCAGCACUACUAUGGGACAAGGAAAAGAUAGGAAGGAUUAUGAGAUGUUGUGUCAUACUGCACAACAUGAUAGUAGAGGACGAACGCGACAGAUUCACUCAGUAUGAUACAGAUGAAUUCGAAUCAGGAGAGUCAAGCAGAAGUUCCCAGGUUGAUGUCGUCUCCUCUACGGAAAGCCUUUCUAAUGUCGGUGAAAUGCGUGGGAUUCGCAAUCAAAUUCGGGAUCAACAGAUACAUCAUCGCUUGAAAGCUGAUUUAGUUGAAAAUAUAUGGCAAAAGUUUGGUAAUCUUGAUAAAUAA